AUGGCGACUGACCAUGGCGUGGAGGUUGCGGACCCAACGGAUGUUGAGGCUGGGCUUGGUGUUGUUGUGGUUGAGGCUGCUGCGGCUCGCCACUGGGCCUUGCCUGGAAUGUCAGACCAUGCGACUUCUCCAGAGAUGGCUGUCGUUCGCGCCAGCGCCGACAAUUCUCGAGAAUCGCCACCUAAGUCGCGCCGAGGUCGCGUGUUUGUUGUUCCCCAGCUCAAGGCCACAAGACGAUGA